AUGGGGGCCGGAGAGUCCCACGAGCAUCCCCUUGAAUGCCUUGAGAAGCGUUGGCUGGACCUGGGCCUGCAGCUGGAGGUGGCCAGGCCCAGUGACAACCUUAAGCUUGAGCCCUCCUCACCUCCUGGAUGUGGCAUUGCCAGCAGCCACCGGGCACUCUCCAUUCCUUCCCAGCCAGGACGCCCAGCCAGUGUCCGCCCUCUGACCCCUGCAACCCCCAACCAGCCCGCUGAGGAUGGCUGGGUAGACUCUGAGGACGGGGAGGGUAAGGUCUGGACUGCAUGGUCCCACCCACCCAUCCCGCAGGUGCCACCCCCCUCAACCUUCCUGUUCGUGCGGGGCCAAAGGUCGCCCGUCCUCUACCCUCUAGCCCCCACCCUCAUCCCCACCCCCACCCCAGGUUCCGCCGAGGUCCGGCUCACUUGCAUCCCAGGCGGGUUUCAGGAAUGUGCUAACCCCGCAGGCCGCGCGCCCUUGGCCCGCCACCUGUGGACUUUGGGAGGCCGGCGGACGGGGGCGGGGCCAGGGGCGGGGCGGCAGCCGGGAGGGAGCGGCCGCGACCCACAGCCCUCACAGCCCCGCGCCGCCCGCCCGCAGACCCGGCCUCGCCAUGAAGCUAGCCCUCCUGUCGUGGGCCCUGCUGCUCCUGGUGCUGUCCCUAGGCCUGGGCCCCCAGCCUGCCGCAGGUACGUCCGCCCGCCCCGACCCUCUGUUUAUCUGCCCAUCUGCUGCGGGGCUGGCCAGGACAGGCGCUCCUCCAUCUGCUUCGGGCUCAGCCUCUGCCUGUCCAUCAGCAGCCUGGAAAGGCACUGGGUGGUAGGGGAAAUCCUGGGAUCCAGGUCGAGGGGCUGCCAGCUGGGACGGCGGUCUGGGGCUUCCCCUAAUGCCGCCCCAGACAGGCCCGCAGGCGGGGGUUCUAUGGGACUUUUAGUGGCCACAUUGUCAGAUCCCGGCCCAGGAGAGCUGGAGUGGUCCCUAGACCACACUGAGGUUUUAGGCAACUGUGGCUUGUGGGAACCCCUGCCUUUGCAACGGGGGAACUUGGUGGCUGAGGGGGCCCAGGAGAGCUGUGCCCAGCGCUGUGGGGACAAGAGUGGACCCUGCUCCUGCCACCCAACCUGCUCCGGACUGGGCAGCUGCUGCUCAGAUGUGCGGGACUUCUGCCUGGACAUCCUGCCCUACUCAGGUUCCAUCAUGGGCGGCAAGGACUUCGUGGUACAGCACCUACGCUCUGGCCCCACCGAUGGUGUGGUCUGCAGGUUUAAGGGGAGUGUGGAGACACACGGCCAUGUGGAUGACAGCCAGCAGGUGCACUGCGUGUCACCCCUGAUCUAUGAGAGUGGCCCCAUUCCAUUCAUGCUCUCGCUGGACAAUGGCCGCACCUUUGAGCGCUCUGGCACCUGGCUGGCUGUGCACCCCAGCAAGGUGUCACAGACAGAGAAGUGCACACUGGUGAACGAGACCCGAUGGCAGUACUACGGCACCGCUGGUGCCGGGGGCAACCUCUCCGUGACCUGGAGCCCCGGGGCGCUGCCCACAAUCUACGUCACCAUCGAGUUGUGGGGUUAUGAGGAGACAGGGAAGCCAUACUCAGAGGAGUGGACAGCAAAAUGGUCGUACCUGUACACCUUGGCUGAAAAUGUCUCCAACUCUGGCACCUUCACCUUUACUCCCAAACCUGCGCCACAGAACUACCAACGGUGGGAAGUGGGGGCACUUCGUAUCCUGGACGCCGCUCACCAGGCAGGAAAAAGGGAUGUGCGGUCACUCUGGAGCAACGAGCAUGCGCUGGCCUGGCACCUGGGUGACGACUUCCGGGCUGACCCUGUGGCCUGGGCACGCACCCAGUGCCUGGCCUGGGAGGAGCUGGAGGACCAGCUGCCAGACUUCCUGGGGGAGCUGCCUGAGUGCCCAUGCACCCUGGCCCAGGCCCGCGCUGACUCUGGCCGCUUUUUUACGGAUUAUGGCUGUGACAUUGAGCAGGGCAGCGUGUGCACCUAUCACCCAGGGGCUGUGCACUGUGUGCGCUCUGUGCAAGCCAGCCCCCGCUAUGCAUCGGGCCAGCAGUGCUGCUACACAGCAGACGGCACGCAGCUCCUGACUGCAGACUCCAGCAGCGGCAGCACCCCGGACCGCGGCCAUGACUGGGGCGCACCCCCAUACCUAGUGCCACCCCGUGUGCCUGGCCUUUCCCACUGGCUCUACGAUGUCAUCAGCUUCUACCACUGCUGCCUCUGGGCGCCCGAGUGCCACCGCUACAUGCGCCGGCGGCCCUCCAGCGGCUGCCGCAACUACCAGCCCCCACGCCUGGCUUCUGCCUUUGGGGACCCACACUUCCUUACCUUCGAUGGCACCAACUUCACAUUCAAUGGGCAUGGCGAGUACGUGCUGUUGGAGGCGGGCCUGACCCAGCUCAGCGUGCAGGCGAGGGCCCAGCCAGGAAUGAUGCCUAAUGGCACGCAGGCCCUUGGCACAGGGCUGACCUCAGUGGUGGUCCAGGAGGGCACUUCGGACGUGUUGGAGGUCCGGCUCACUGAUGGGGCUAAGAUGCUGCAGGUGCUGCUGAACCAGCACAUACUCAGCUUUGACGAGCAACGCUGGAUGGACCUCAAGGGCAUGUUCCUGUCGGUAGCUACUGAGGAGCGUGUGUCCAUCAUGCUGUCAUCAGGGGCUGGCCUGGAGGUCAGCACACAGGGCCCGUCCCUAAGUGUGACCAUCCUGCUGCCCGAGAAGUUCCAGAACCACACCCGGGGACUCCUCGGGACGCUCAACGACAAUCCUGCCGAUGACUUCACACUGCCCAGUGGGCACGUCCUGCCUGCGACCGCCAGUGCCCGGCAGCUGUUUGGGUUUGGAGCCGAAUGGGCUGUGCGGAAUGAGUCAUCCCUGUUCACCUAUGACUCCCACUUCCUGGUCAACAACUUCCUGUUCCGGCCCAAGCACGACCCAUCCUUCCAGCCUCUCUUCCCCGAUGAGGUCACUGCCUACUCCCACUUGGUACACGAGGCGAAUGCCUUCUGUGGGGAGGACCCUUUCUGCAGCUUCGACGUAGUGGCCACUGGGAGCCUGAGUGUGGGCAAUGCCACAAGGGCUGCCCACCAGCUGCACCAGCGCCUCGUGCAGAGCCUGCAACUGGGUGAGAGUGGUGGGGAGGGGGCUGUGGGCACUAGGACGGGACCUCCUCCAGGGCCGGUGGUAAGGGGGCUGGGGCACUGGGAUGGGAUCCCCUGGGUCAGCAGGAAAGGGGCUAGGGGCACUGAGAUGGGAUCCCCCGGGUUGACGGGAAGGGGGCCAGGGGCACUGGGAUGGACCCCAGGCCAGCAUCUCAGCCCUGUUACCUGCCCCCCAGUGGUGUCUUGUGGCUGGGUGGCGCCACCUGCCAACGGGCACAAAGAAGGCAUCACAUAUCUGGUGGGCUCCACCAUCCGCUUUGGCUGUGAUCACGGCUACAGCCUGGACGGGGCAGAAGCCAGCACCUGCCAGGCAGACGGCACCUGGUCCAUGCCCACCCCGAGGUGCCAGCCAGGACGGAGCUCCACGGUGCUGCUGAGCAUCAUUUUUGGAGGCCUGGCCGUGGCCUUGCUGGUCGUGUUGCUGUACGUGCUGCUGAGCUGGCGCAGAAAGGGCCACAGGUGACCACCCCCGCCCGGCCCUGCCCUGCCCCACAGGCUCUCCUGAGACCGGAGGUGCCCUGCCUGCUACAUGCUGCAUGUGUCUCUGUUGCAGGGCCAUCGCCUGGGGCCCGAGGCCAUGAGUGCCUAGCCCACAUGGCCAGCUGUACGCCAAGGAUACACACUGGGGCCUGGAUACCUGAGACCUGGUGCCCACUCUCUGCUCGGACCAAAACUGCUGCCCAAGUGCAGACACUUGACCCCAGGCCAUGGCCAUGCUGUCGUUCUACCAGGCCCAGACUCCAUACCCUGGAGUUUUAGCACCCAAGUCCCUAGCCCUAAAACUCCAGCAUCUGAUAUUCAAAUACCCAAGACACACGCCCUGAUAGUCCAAUGCACAUAACCCUGACCCCUGAGCAUUUGAGUCCCAGUGCCCCUCAACGUGACCCCUCAAUGCCCUGCUGCUUCGGUUCCCAGAUCCUGCCUUGCCUGAGACCCCACCCGGCCCAGCCCACGGGCACAGAGAGGCCUCAGUACCCCAGAGCGGAGAGCCAGCAUCCACAUGAUGAAGGGACUACCCCCUGACACUCCAGGCUUAUAAUUCUAGCUUGUCUAUGGACAUCACUUGGAAGCACCCUGCCCCUCAUAUGAGGAAAAACACAGCCUAGGUGCCCCAUCCCUGGUGUCCUGUGUUUAUGCUACCCUUCGGUUCCAGAGAGCUCCCCAGCUGCCCUGUGUGUCACCCACCAACAGCACCCAGAGUGACCUGGGUCUGACUCCCACCCCCUUUACCCACUGCCUGGUCACCUGGCACAGGUCCCUCCCAGCCUUUGUCUCUUCAUCUGGCAGGGCGAUGUUUGCCAGGGUUUGGUACAGGCCACCACACUAGGGUGCUCAGGACAUGA